CCAUUGAGGAAUUCUAUUAUUGAUUUUGUUUUGUUGCAAUUAAUAGGAAGCUAAUGAGCAGCACCGAAAUACAAAAUUGGUGAAUGCCCUUCUACGGUUACACAGAGAGAUAAGCCCCAAGCUGGCUGCAUGUGCAGCAGACAUAUCCUCUCCAUAUCCUGAUUACGCUAUUGGUUUUGGAGCUGUCUGUCAUCUCAUUGUGUCAGCCCUUGCUUUUUGGCCUGUACAUGGCUGGAGUCCGGGUCUUUUCAAUACCCUUCUUGCUAGUGUUCAGGCUACUUCAAUAUUGGCUUUAGGUCCAAAAGAAACAUGCAGCUUGCUUUAUCUUUUGAGUGAUUUAUUUCCUGCGGAAGAUAUAUGGCUUUGGACUAGUGGAAUGCCUUUGCUAAGUGUCCGCAGAAUGUUGGCUGUUGGGACCAUACUUGGGCCCCGUAAGGAGAGGCAUGCCAACUGGUAUCUGGAAUCUGGACGCCCAGAGAAGCUGCUUUGCCAGUUAGCACCACAUCUUGAUAAAAUUGGCCAGAUUAUACAGCAUUAUGCCAUUUCUGCAUUAGUGGUCAUUCAAGAUCUGCUACGUGUUCUCAUAAUCCGUAUUGCUUGUUUAAAUACUGUUUAUGCGUCUGGGCUUAUAAAACCAGUAUUGUCAUCAAUUAGUCAUCAUGUUUCUGAAUCAUCUCCGCUGUCAGAUACAGAUGUGUACAAGGUUUCCAGGCUCCUUGAUUUUCUUGCCAGCUUAUUGGAGCAUCCACUUGGCAAGGGCCUAUUGUUGAGGGAGGAUGCUUUUCAGAUGUUAACAAAGGUGAUGGAGAGAUUUUUUGGUGACAAUGAUGUAGAUAGAAAGCGAACUCCAGACGGUAGAAAUUCUGCAAUGUAUAACUUUAGUUUCUCUAGUUGGUGUCUACCAGUAUUCAAGUUUAUUAUGCUUAUAUUUCACUCGGGAACUCCUCAAUCUUCCCCCAAGAUGGAUCUUGAAACUUUGGAGAAACUGAAUGCUGAAGAGUGUGCCUGGAUUUUACGCCAUCUCUUAAAAUUUUGUCAGGUUCUCCCAGUCGGAAAAGAGUUAGUUGCUUGCCUUACAGCUUUCAGGGAAUUAGCUUCUUGUGGUGAAGGUCAAAUUGCCUUUGGAGCUAUACUUGAACCUCAUGACCACGAUAACGAUGUCAACUAUUACAAUCAUAGUGAAGUAGAAUGGAGAAAAUGCCCUCCUUUACUUGGCUGUUUGAUUAAGUUGUUGAGAUCAGUUGAUACCCAAGAAGGUUUAUCAACUUUUGUAAUUGAAGCUAUCUAUGCCUUGUCAGUGGGAUCUCUGCGGUUUUGCAUGGAUGGGGACAGUUUAAAUUCUGACAGAGUUGUCAUAUUGAAGCACCUUUUUGGGCUUUCUGAUGAUAUGACAAGAUCAGCUGGCUAUCCUGAAGACAAUAUUAAUUACGUGGUAGAUUUAACUGCUUUGUUCAGUUCAAAAAUUAUAGCAGAUAGUCGUUUGAAUACCUCUGACAAACAUAUGUUUCAGGUUUCCAAAACUGUUGAAUCAUUGGCCUCAGUCUUGCUAGGGCAUGUUGGUUCAGGGAAGGUGGAUGACGUUAUUUUGCCUCAAAUUGAUAUUUUAGAUUUUUCAAAGACGCAUCAGACACUUGAAAACAGUGUCGAGAGGAUUGAUGAUCAUCUUAAUCUUGGUGGACUUGGGGAUAAAUUUCUUUGGGAAUGCCCAGAAACAUUACCUGAUAGAUUGGCACCGACAAAUGUUAGUGCCAAAAGGAAACAGCCUUCAAUGGAUGGGAACACUAGGCGUGUUCGAGAAGGUUCUCAGGCUGAAGUUUCUGUUCAAAAUGCAUUUUCAAGGGGUGUGACACAGUCUACUGUUUCUUCUGGGCCUACUCGUCGGGAUGCCUUCCGGCAGCGCAAGCCAAAUACCAGCAGACCACCAUCUAUGCAUGUGGAUGACUAUGUGGCGAGAGAGAGAAAUGUUGAAGGUGUCACUAAUGUAAUAACAGUGCCACGAGCAGGAUCUACUGGGGGUAGACCUCCAUCAAUUCAUGUAGAUGAAUUUAUGGCAAGACAAAGGGAACGUCAGAAUCCGUCUGUAACAAUAGUGGGGGAGGCUGUGGGACAUCUCAAAAAUGCUCAUGCGAAUCCUACAAAUGGUGAGAAGUUAAACAAAUCGAAGCAAUUAAAAACCGAUCUUGAUGAUGAUCUUCAAGGAAUAGAUAUAGUUUUUGACGGUGAGGAGUCUGACCCUGAUGAUAAGUUGCCCUUUCCUCAGCCAGAUGAUAAUUUACAGCAGCCUGCCCCAGUUAUCAUGGAGCAAAGUUCUCCCCACUCAAUUGUUGCAGAGACAGGAAGUGAUGUUGUUGAGAGUAGUCAGUUUUCACAUAUGGGUACUCCACUGGGGUCUAAUGUUGAUGAGAAUGCCCAAAGUGAAUUUUCCUCAAAGAUGUCAGUAUCACGUCCUGACAUGCCCUUAACUCGUGAAUCGAGUGUCUCAUCAGACAGGAAGUAUGUUGAGCAGUCUGAUGACUCAAGGAAUGUUUUUCCUACCAAGACAUCCAGUGGAUAUGAUUCCACAGCGGUGACAAAUAGUUCAGGAUUUCCAGCGUCACUUUAUAAUAAUCUAUCCACAUCAUCAAUGCAAUUGCCAGUUGAUUCAAGGAUGGCUUCCCAAAAUUUCUAUUUAAAGAACAGCCCGCAGCAUGGCAGUAAUGUUACAAUUGUUACUGGUUCUCAAGGACUGUAUGACCUGAGAUAUUUGUCAAACCAGCCUCCUUUGCCUCCGAUGCCACCUCCACCAACAGCCUUACCUGUAAUAUCACAUGCGUCUGAUUCUAUUCCUGGCCAUUCAUCCCCAUUUGUUAACUCUCCAGCAGACACACAACGUCCGGUGCCAUUUCAGGGUCAGACAGAAUAUUUAUCUCCUUUUAUCAGUGGUUCAUCUGCGAUGACAUCAGGAUCUUCCCUUCCCUUGUCAGAUUCAAAGUAUGCCAGGACUUCUGUAUCUUCUCCUGGUGGACCUAGUAGGCCUCCUCCCCCACUUCCUCCUACACCACCUCCUUUUGCAUCUAGUCCAUAUAAUUUGCCAACUGGUAAAGCGUCUGCUACACAACCUUCUGUAUAUGGUCAGACAAGCAUUGGGACAGCUGAAGUUCCCCAGGCCUCCGUUGCACCAUCAAAUGAUGCCUGGUUAGGGAGUCAUUCUGCAUCAGGGGUCAGAUUGUCUUCUUACCCUCUGAACCCAUUAAUGCCUUCCUUGGGGUUCAGUAGGCCAUCUUCCAUGCCGUUGACUGUCUAUGGCAGUACCCCAAAUCAGCAACACAGUGAAAUCCAGCCAAGCAAUAUGCAGGGCGUCUCCAUUCCUCCAGCUUCCUUUCAGUCAAUGCCUUCUGUUACUCAGUUGCAGCCCCUGCAGCCUCCCCAGCUCCCACGCCCUCCACAACCUCCACAGCACCUUAGGCCACCUGCUCAAGCUUUACUACAAUUGGAUCCUGGUAUGAGUGUUCAAAGUGGGGUGCAAGUGAAUCCAAUGCAGAUGCUGCAGCAGCCGCAGGCCUCUUCAAUGCAGACCUAUUACCAGACCCAACCACAAGAGUUCUCACAAGCUCAACAGCAGAGGCAAGCGGAACAUCUUCAGCAGUCAGGGGAUGCUCAAUUGCUGGAGCAACAGGAUGCCGGGAUGUCUUUACAUGAGUAUUUCAAGUCUCCAGAGGCAAUCCAGUCUUUGUUGAGAGACCGAGACAAACUUUGCCAGCUUUUGGAGCAGCAUCCAAAAUUAAUGCAGAUGCUUCAGGAGAGGUUGGGGCAGCUGUAGGUUGAGGCAGCAUGAUGUCUGAAUGGAACCGGCGAGUUCUUGCAUUAUUCAUCCUUACAAAUGCACCCAGUCACAUGAUGCGAGAUGCGCGUGGUUUAGCAGCCAUUUGUACCUUUACAUGUAUAUGUAUUGUACAUAACUAUUUCAUUCCUCCUUUUUUAGCAUAGAGCAGCAACCACCCCCCGCCAAAAAAAAAAAAGAGAACAUAUAAAAGAAUCAGGGAGCGGUAGCCCCGCUCUGUUGAGCCACCACGGUUGGUCCUGGAAAAUUUGAUAGUUUUGUUGCUAGGAAGAUGAUAGUAUUUUUGGUUUUUAUAUGGUUAAAUAUCAAUUCGUGGAUCA